AUGUCAGGUGCAACAUUUGAAGUCGAAGCUGCAGCAAGAGGCGAUCUAGGGGGCGUUCUCAAAGGCGCGCCCGGUGCUGAGAAGACUGCCCUCGACGUGAAGACCGCCGGUCAUGACCUGGACAACAUUACCGACGAGAGCACUGAAGUUCUCGUUGGUCCCAAUGGAGAACAAUAUCCUACAAAGGAAGAGUUGACUACGCUACGACGUAUUCACGGCCACACUUCAUGGGUCCUUUACACCAUAGGUUUCGUCGAGCUUUGUGAACGUUUCGCCUAUUAUGGCACUACCGUCCUUUAUACCAACUUCGUCUCAUACAGCUUGCCAACCAACGACGAUGCGCCCUACCCUGCGGCGGGUGCGGGUGGCACCAACGGCCAGUCUGGUGCGCUCGGUCUCGGUCAGCAGACCAGUACGGGAUUGAGCCUCUUCAGUCAAUUCUUCAGUUAUAUCAUGCCACUGCUAGGCGGCUACAUUGCCGACCAAUUUCUGGGCAAGUUCAAGACUAUUCAGGUAGCCAUAGUGUUUGCUGUCGUCGGCCACAUCCUCAUCAUCGUUGCGGCGCUUCCUCCUGUCAUUGCAACGGGCAAGACGGCUCUUGCGCCAUACAUCCUUGGACUCAUUCUCUUCGGCGUGGGCGUGGGGUUCUUCAAGUGCAACAUCUCGCCGCUCAUCGCCGAGCAGUAUGAGCACGAAAAUCCCAGAGUGACGGUGAAAACUCUCAAGACAGGAGAGCGAGUGCUCGUUGAUCCCUUCCUGACUAUUGCCCGUAUCUAUGUGAGGUACUACUUCAUGAUCAACGUCGGCGUCAUGGCUGGCCAAAUCAGCAUGGUCUACGCGGAGAAAUACGUCGGUUUUUGGCUGGCCUAUACCUUGCCAACGAUUCUGUUUCUUCUCUGCCCCAUUGUCAUGUUCGCAUGUCGAAAGCGGUACGUCGGUCGGGCUCCCACAGGUUCGGUCCUUGGGAACGCAUUCAGAUUGAUCGGUUAUGCAAUCAAGCAUCGCAAAGAUUCGCCCGAUGGAAAAUUCUCCUGGGACGUCGCAAAACCGAGCAAGAUUGCCAACAAACCAAAGUGGAUGACUUUCGACGAUGCAUGGGUCGACCAGGUCCGUCGAGGCCUGAAGGCUUGCUACGUAUUUGCCUUCUUGCCCAUAUACUGGCUCCCUUACUCACAGAUCACUAACAAUCUGACCAACCAAGCCGCGACGAUGAGACUCGAUGGCACACCCAACGACAUUGUACAAAACCUGGAUCCUAUCACGCUGAUCAUCUUCAUCCCCAUCGUGGAUCAAUUCAUGUAUCCCUACAUCGCUAAGAAGGGCUGGAACUUCACUCCCAUCAAGAAGAUGACGCUGGGGUUUGCAUUCGGAACCAUGGCCAUGAUCUGUGCUGCCGUUACCCAGUACUACAUCUACCAGAAAUCUCCUUGUGGUUAUCACGCCAGUGACCAGGACUGCAUCGCCGAGCGAGGUCCACCGAACAUCAGUGUCUGGACGCAAGCGCUGACCUAUAUCUUCGUGGCCUUCUCGGAGAUCUUCACCAGCGUGGUUGGGCUCGAAUAUGCUUUCACCAAGGCGCCGAAGAACAUGCGGUCAUUUAUCACGGGAAUUUUCUGGUUCUCAAACGCUUUUUCCUCGGCCAUCGGACAGGCUUUUGUGCCACUCGCUGCAGACCCGCACAUCACCUGGCUGUACGGCUCCAUUGGUAUCAUCGCUUUUGUGGGUGGAGUGGCCUUCUGGUUCACGUUCCAGAAGCUCGACGCCGAGGAAGCGAAAUUGAACGUUUUGCCCGAAUCGACUUACGAGGGUAGGAGGGCCAGUCUUAUUGACGUGGAAGCUCGUCUCGCUGCGCAAGAGAAACAGGACAAGCUGCGCAAAGCUCAAGGCCUAGACUAG